AUGUACUGGGGCGUGCUGGGAAUCUCAUUGCUCUUUACGGCCUUGGGAGCCGAGGGCCGUGGCUCACGAGACGGCCGCGCAGCCGGUCCAACGCUUACUGUCAAGGUCAACACCACCUUGACGAGCUACGGCUGGGGAGAGCGUGCCGUGACACUCACGGUCUUUUACAACGGCACUCAAGUGGCAGACCGGAUUGUGGCCGACGCGGGGAGCAUGAAGUCGAUCGAUCUGAACCCAGUCGAUGCCGACGAGCACGUGAAGUACUCUGCGAGGCUGUGGGAAGUCGACGACGUGAAGCCCAAUACAAAUUUGACGGGCCAGGCCGUUCUGUCAGCGAUACGCUCUUCGUCGCGGGGAUCCAGUUUCCCAAUCACCGUGACAGCCUACGCAAGGGAUCGAAACACUGGACGACUUGGGGUUCUCAAGAGGGUGGAGACAAUGGUAAGGUGGGAGAGUGUCUCGUACAGGCAGACGAAUUCGCACAAGUUCCGGCAACCGCGCACGAUAUCCGUGGCGGCCCUCCCGGACGCAGAAGGCGAGCGGGAUCGCCUGAGGCAGGCGCAUUUAUGGGCUGAUUUCAUGCCAACCGGCUUCUACCUCAACCCGGGGAACGCGGUCCAUGUCAAAGUCAACAAACGCAGUCCGGAGCGUGGGCCAAUGCUGGACAUACUUGUCGGCACCCCUGGCCUGAUCGAUCCCUUGCGGCCAGAGGAAACGUUGCCGUUGGAAUUAGAGAGCCAUCCGUUCGGCAAAGACCAGGACGAGAUUUCCGUGACCAGCAAGGAGGGCGGCAUCAUGUACAUCCGCUACACUCAUGGGGCUGGCGAGAAGCCACCGCGAGCCAUCAAGGUCACGAUCGAGGGAGAAGCUGCUCAACCGUUUCCGUUCUUCCGAGAAGAGAUAACAACAAUCGAAGAGUGGGAAGAGAUGCUGAAGGAGACGACCGUGCCUUUUGCAGAGUUAUCUGGCGAGAGGAUCAUCCUCACAGGCCUCGCGGAGUCAGCCAGGGCAGCAGCGGAGGAUCCGUCCCACGAUCAGCAGGCACUGCUUCGUACGUACAAGGACAUCGUCGAGGCGCAAGACGCCAUCAGCGGGCUUCACAGCACCGGCUGGAUCAUAAACCCGAGGGACAUGCCUAGCCCCCUGCGACCGAUGGUCGUCCACGGGAAAUGGGAUUACUUGGCCAGGGCGAGCGCGCAGGAUUACCGCGUCGCACUGAGCAAGUAUUGGGCGCACGAGAUGUGGUCCAGCGCCUACCUCGUGAGGUCGUGGACGAUCUGGCACGAGCUCGGUCGUCAACGCCAGCACGUAGACACGUGGAGCUGGGGUGCAGUGAAGAACAUUUCUGCCGAUAUAUAUGCACUCGCGACCCGCCGGGUCCUCCCUGAGAUACCAGAGCAUGAGAGGAAGCAUGGGACGGCUGACGAAUGGCGCUCUGCACAGGAGUAUCUCACGUCACGAAGGAGGGUGUUCGACAUUGAAGACGACGUCGUGGUCGACCCGUAUACGUACGAGCCGUUGCCGGUUCGGCUCGUAAUGUUCGAACAGUUGCGGGAGGUGUUCGGCAACGAAUUCUACCAUCGCCUGCACAAGCGCUCCCGUCGAGCACGGGUGCAGGCAAGCGACGCCGACAAGAAACACUGGUUUAUGUGCGAGGCGUCAGACCUUGCCCAACAGGACCUGACCGAAUUCUUCGUCAAAUGGGGGCUCGACCCGGAGUGGCGCACCGUGAGGGAGAUGGGCAACUACCCCAAACCCCGAGAGGAUUUCACAAGGCGAGCAGUCUAUCAGAAACGAGUUGGGGCGGACAGGGUCGAUGGGUAG